AUGCGUGUGUUUCAAUUGACGACGGCUCUCGGGUCGAUCGUCAUUUCUGCGGCAGCUCUUACACCCGAACAACUUAUCUCGGCUCCGAGACGGAGUGACGCUGUUCCCAAUCCAUCUGGAGAAGUUGCAUUCUUUUCCACCUCUGAAUACUCCUUCGAGACCCACACCACAUCAUCAUGGUGGAGUCUGCUGGAUCUGAAGACUGGAAAAGUCACCAAGCUUACCGACGACAGCAAUGUCUCGGAAUUGGCUUGGCUGGGGUCUACUGACUCGGGUCUGUUGUAUAUCAACGGCACCAAUGCCGAGAUUCCUGGAGGUACCGAGAUUUGGGUGUCAGAUACCUCUGACUUUACAAACUCUGCCUACAAGGCGGCUUCACUGCCGGCGCCGCUUUCUGGCCUCAAGACCGCCAUCACCAAGUCUGGAGAUAUUAACUUCUUGGUGUAUGGAGAAUCUUACCCCAACGGAACGGCGUACAAUAAAGAGCUCGCCACCACGCCCCUCAGCUCGGCGCGUAUCUACGAUAGUAUCUACGUCCGCCACUGGGAUACGUGGCUCACUACCAGAUUCAAUGCUAUCUUCUCAGGAACUCUAAAGAAGAAGAGAGCCGGACAUGGAGCGACCUCCCGCUACGCUUCUAAUGGAUCUCUCAAGAACCUCGUCGCAGGAGUCAAGAACCUCGAGUCACCCUACCCGCCAUUCGGUGAUUCGUCUGAGUAUGACAUCUCCCCCAACGGAAAGUUGGUUGCAUUCAAGAGCAAGGCUCCUGAGCUGCCACGCGCAAACAACACUGCUUCAUAUAUCUAUCUUGUGCCCCAUGAUGGAUCCAAGAAGGCCGUGGCUAUCAAUGGCCCAGACAGCCCUGGCACGCCGAAAGACAUCAAGGGUGAUUCGAGCAGCCCUGUCUUUUCCCCAGAUAGUCGUCGCCUUGCAUACCUCCAAAUGCAAGAUAUCUCUUAUGAGUCAGAUCGUCGUGUUGUCUACGUUCACACUAUUGACUCCAAGGAUACUAUUCGUACCUUGGCCAAGGACUGGGAUCGCUCACCUAGUCUUAUCAAGUGGUCUGCCAACGGAAAGGAUCUUGUUCUGAACACCGAGGAUUCUGCACGCUCUCGCCUUUUCUUGCUCCCUGUCAAUGCUGGUGAUGAUUUCAAGCCUAAGAACUUCACCGACGCCGGCUCGGUGGCUGCUUACUACGGUCUACCCAACGGAGACUACUUGGUUUCUGGCUCUGCUAUCCAUACUAGUCGCAAUGUUUAUACCGCCAAUCCUAGCAAGGGUGUCACAGGUGUUGUCUUCUCUGCCAAUGAUGUUGACCCCGCGCUGAAGAACAUGGGCCCAUCGGAUGCUGAUGAGUUCUACUUCAAGGGCAGCUGGACAGAUAUUCACGCGUGGAUUGUCUACCCCGAGAACUUCGACAAGUCGAAGUCAUACCCACUCCUGUUCUAUAUUCACGGUGGUCCUCAAGGCUCCUGGGGUGACUCCUGGAGCACUCGUUGGAACUACAAGGCCUUUGCCGACCAGGGAUAUGUGGUUGUUGCGCCCAACCCAACUGGUAGCACUGGAUUUGGCGAUAAGCUCACGGAUGAGAUCGCGAACAACUGGGGAAGCUAUCCUUAUGUCGACUUGGUUAAAUGCUGGGAGCAUGUUCGGGACAACUUCGACUUCAUCGAUACCGAUCGCGGUGUGGCAGCUGGCGCCAGCUACGGUGGUUUCAUGAUCAACUGGAUCCAGGGUAAUCCCCUAGGUCGCAAAUUCAAGGCGCUGGCCAGCCACGACGGCACAUUUGUGGCCGAUGCAAAGGUCUCGACCGAGGAGCUGUGGUUCAUGGAGCAUGAGUUCAACGGCACCUUCUGGGACAAUCGAGACAACUAUCGUCGUUGGGAUCCAUCGGCUCCAGAGCACAUUAAGCAGUUCUCUACCCCGCAGCUCAUCAUUCACAGUGAUUUGGAUUACCGACUUCCCAUCUCUGAGGGCUUGGCGCUUUUCAAUGUCCUGCAAGAACGCGGUGUUCCAAGCCGACUGCUCAAUUUCCCUGAUGAAAACCACUGGGUCGUCAACAAGGAAAACAGUCUUGUCUGGCAUCAACAGGUCCUAGGGUGGCUCAACAAGUACGCUGGUAUCGACACCCCUGGCUCUGUCAGUCUGGAUGAUACUACAAUCCCUGUUGUGGAUUAUAAUCCUUAG